AUGACUCGUAAAUAUUCUAAUUCUAAUUCUAAUAAUCAGCGGAACAAUAAUCCUAGAGGAAAUCGAGGAGAAAAAAAUCGAGGUAGAACUGUAAGCAAGAGCACUAAUAACGACUUGCGUCGCAAUAAUCAGAAUCAUAACAACAAUGAAAAUCUUUCACAACGAACAAACUUAAUUUCUCAAGACUCAAUGAUUGCUGUUGAUGCUGACGAAUUAGAACGACGUAGAAGAAGGGCUGAGCGGUUUGAAAAGUUUUUAGAUCCACAACAAUUAGCUUCAACUGGAGCUGAUGCAAGUUUAAUUUCCAAUAAAAUUAAUACUAAUAGAAAUAGUCGAAAGGGGGGCAUGAUUUUGAGCAAAGAUAACAACACUAAAGAUGAUGUUAAAGAAAGCAUCAUAGCAGAUGAUUAUAAAGAACUUACACAGAUAGACAUUGUAUCAAAUUUUUUUGAAUUAUUGUUAUUAGAGUUAAGAUUAAUUGAUCUUUUAUCAUCAGUUUCAUCAUCACCUAUUAUCUCAAAAUCCAUAUCAAACACCAGUACCAAAAGGCAGCAAAGAUUGAAAGCUCAUGACUGGUUCAUUGAAAAAUCACCGCCCAUUAGAUUAUCUGAAUUAGGUUACUGGGAUAAAUUAUUUUUGGUGAUCGAUAUGGAAUAUGAUAAUGAAACUUGUGAAAUAGAUAAUUAUAAUUCGAUUGAAGAUUCUGUAAAUGAGUGGGUAGAUUUAAUGAAUAAGGGUGUGAAACAAUUAAGCAUUGAAUAA